GUACGAUGCAUUGUAGAACAGACCUAGCGCUACUUCGUAUGCAUCUUGUGCAUCUUUUCCUUCGAAAUGUUGUACGUUAAUGUAUGCGGUGUAUGCUCGUGUAUAACCUCCAACCAGAUCUGUAUCAUCGGCAUAUGUCUCUAACGUACUCUAACGGCUUAUAAGAUAAGGGUAUCACACAUCACGAUUAUGAAAAAAUACAUAAAAUCGUUAUUAGAAGAGGAUGGCUGGUCGCAGUUACUACAACUGACUCUACUGUUUGCGUUUGUUCUUGUAGUAUUAGUUAUUUUACUCUGGCGUAGAAGGAAGUCUGUUGGUCAUACUAUCCUUCUAACAGGUCUCAGUGACAGUGGGAAAACACUGAUCUAUGCACAACUAUUAUAUUCUAAAUUUGUCAGUACAUAUACAUCUGUCAAAGAAAAUAUAGGAAACAUUAUGGUCAACAAUAGUUCUUUGAGAAUAGUGGAUAUUCCUGGUGAUGAACGACUUCGCAGCAAGUAUUUUGACAAGUACAAAUCAUCUGUCAAAGGUCUGAUUUAUGUGAUUGAUUCAGUGACUAUUCAGAAGGAGAUCAGAGAUGUAGCUGAGUAUUUAUACAAUUUACUGUCAGAUUCUGAUAUACAGAAAAAUGUUCCUGUUCUUAUAUUGUGCAACAAGCAAGAUCAAACUAUGGCUAAGGGAUGUGCAGUAAUAAGAACGCUAUUAGAGAAGGAAAUGAAUCUGCUCCGAAUGACGAAGACUAGCCAAUUAGAAGCUACUGACGCGUCGUUAACCAACGUCUUCCUUGGAAAACAAGGAAAGCACUUUGAAUUCUCGCAUUUAGAUUCACAGAUUGAUUUUGCUGAAUCUUACGCAUUUAAUAAAGAUCCUCAAACAUCAGCCGACAUUGAUGAACUUAACAAAUGGUUACACAAAAUUGCAUAAUAUAAUAUGCAACUAAUCUUAUAAAUAUUCAUUAUUGUUUGGAUUUCGACGGUUCCAUGAAGAAAGUUGGUGUGGUCAGUGUCAUUUAUGGCUGUUUUCCUUUCAAAAGACACAAGUUAACACACUUGAACACAGUCUGAUUCUCCUCCUGAGUAGAGUCGAAAAGUGUUUAUUGAGUUUGUAAAUGGAAAGCGAAAUGUGUUGCUUUGUGUUAAAAGUGUCGACUGUGUUCUUUAAAAAGAAAACAGCCUGUGUCGAUAAAGCAGAUAUACAGUGCCUGGUGCCCUCUCAAGCUUCUCUCUGCUACUUUAUUGCCGAAAGUAAAAUGUUCUCCUGGACAGUAUUGGGCUAUUAGGUCUUGUGCCGAACAAUCGUAUCGUGGUAAAACGUGAUACGAAGUAACGUAUUCUGCUUGAAUUUCACAAUUUCUGAUCGUUUUAUAUAAAAUUAUAUUCUUAUAAUUAGUAUAAAAUUCAUAAGUUAAUCCUGUGGAUAUGGUGGUAACCGGUGGGCCAAAGAACUUGCCUUCAUACGUUCACAGAUACUCUCGAAAAAAAGCAUAUAUAAGGAGGUUUGUAUAAAUCGUACUAAUAUAUUAUUCAGGGUUAUGCAAGUGUUUAUGAGUAAAAUAAACAUAAUAUACAUUACACAUAUAC